AUGACGACGAGCCCGACGUCAACAAGGAACCGCCAAUUGCCCCCUUCCCUCGUCGCCAAUCUCCAAAACGACCUCGCAGGACGAAAGCCCCCCGGCGGCGAUGGCGUGGAGGGGGAUUCGGCUGCGGCACCGGUCGAAGCCGCUGCUGAUUCGGACCCAGCCGUGGAUGGACCGAGGAGGCCCGUCGUUCUGGUGACCAACGCCGACGGGAUCAGCUCCCCGGGGCUCACCCAUCUCGUGGAGGCGCUCGUUCGCAUCGGGCAGUAUGACGUCUACGUCUGCGCUCCGGAAUCGGACAUGUCUGCCUCUGCUCAUUCAGUAACAAUUCAUCGGACGCUUGCAGCAACGUCCGCUCCGAUUGAAGGCGCCAAAGGUAUUGAGUCUGGACAUCCUGCUGAUUGCAUAUCCUUGGCUUUGUCCGGGGCAUUGUUUUCCUGGUCCAAUCCUGCACUGUUUUACUCUGGUGCUGUUGCUGGCGCUCGAGAGGCUAUAAUGAUUGGAGUACCUUUUGUAGCAAUGCUAACGCAUCGUUCUGACCUUUGUUUGCAGAAGGAGGAGAGUCGAGAAAGUGAUUUCAAGGAUGCAGUUGAAGUUUGUUUACCUCUGAUAAAGGCAGCGAUGAGGGACAUCGAAAAGGGUCUGUUCCCCAGGAAAUGUCUGCUGAACAUAGAAAUUCCCACAGCUCGAUCUAAAAAUAAGGGCUUCAAGUUAACCAAACACAGCUUCUGGAGGUCUAUCCGCAGUUGGCAAGCUGUAUCCAGAAAUAGGUACCCUGCUGGCCAUUUCAUGUCCAUGAAUCAAGGCCUCGGUGCACAGCUUGCACAGCUUAACCGAGAUGCCUCUGCUGCGGGAGCAGCUCGCCGCAGCGGCGGUCAAAGUAAAAUGCUGGAAACAGAAUCAGUUGCAGCUGCUGGAAAACCCGACCAGAGAGAAGUGGUGAAGAAAUUGUUCCGUCUAGAGUUACGCAUCCUUCUUGAGAUGCAACAGGAAGAUCCGGAUGAAGAUCUCGAUUUCAGGGCCUUGAAGAAUGGUUAUAUCGCUGUUACACCUCUGCAUUUAGAUAUGCAUGUGGAGUCGCAGAUCCGAGCGUCUGUGUCGGAUUGGCUUUCGGCGGCCCUGGAAGGAUGUCGGGAUGCUUCCUGA